AUGACUCAAAAAACAACAACUGACACUACAACCACUUCAAAUAAUACCAAAAAAAUAGGAAAUGUUAUUGUAGUUAGUAAUAGAUUACCAGUAACUAUAACCAAGGAUGACACAACUAAUCAAUACGAGUAUUCCAUGUCUAGUGGUGGUUUGGUUACUGCUUUGCAAGGUUUAGCCAAACACACCACUUUCCAAUGGUAUGGUUGGCCAGGUAAAGAAUUACCAGAUGAAGAUAAAAGCAAAGUUGUAAGUGAUUUAAAAGAAAAGUUUAAUGCGAUUCCAAUUUUUUUGAGUGACGAAGUUGCGGAUUUACACUAUAAUGGUUUCAGUAAUUCUAUUUUAUGGCCCCUUUUCCAUUAUCACCCAGGUGAGAUCAAUUUUGAUGAAAAUGCAUGGUUGGCUUAUAAUGAAGCUAAUAUGAAAUUUGCCAUUGAAAUAGUCAAAAAUGUUAAAGAUGGUGAUUUAAUUUGGGUCCACGAUUAUCAUUUAAUGUUAUUGCCCCAAUUGAUCAGACAGUUGAAGCCCGAGUUGAAAAAUAUUAAAUUGGGAUUUUUCCUUCAUACUCCAUUUCCAAGUAGUGAAAUUUAUAGAAUUUUACCUGUCAGACAAGAAAUUUUAAGGGGUGUUUUAAGUUGUGAUUUAAUUGGUUUUCAUACUUAUGAUUACGCAAGACACUUUUUGUCUAGUGUCCAAAGGGUUUUGGGCAUAAACACCUUGCCCAAUGGUUUGGAAUAUGAAGGUAGAUUUGUUAAUGUUGGUGCGUUCCCAAUUGGUAUUGAUGUGGACACUUUCAGCGAUGGUUUGAAGCAAGAACAAGUUUUGACAAGAAUUGCUGACCUAAAAAAAAUUUUCAAAGGCUGUAAAAUUAUUGUUGGUGUAGAUAGGUUGGAUUAUAUUAAGGGUGUUCCACAAAAAUUGCAUGCGAUGGAGGUCUUUCUUAACGAACACCCAGAAUGGAUUGGUAAAGUUGUUUUGGUGCAAGUUGCUGUGCCAAGUAGAGGUGAUGUUGAAGAAUAUCAAUUUUUAAGAAGUGUUGUUAACGAGUUGGUUGGUAGAAUAAAUGGACAAUUUGGUACCGUAGAGUUUGUACCUAUUCAUUUUAUGCAUAAGAGUAUUCCCUUCAAUGAAUUGAUUUCCUUGUAUGCGGUGAGUGACGUAUGCUUGGUUUCCUCAACGAGAGAUGGUAUGAAUUUGGUUUCUUAUGAAUAUAUUGCUUGUCAAAGUGAGAAGAAGGGAUCCUUAAUUUUGAGUGAAUUUACGGGCGCUGCUCAAUCUUUGAACGGUGCUAUUAUAGUAAACCCAUGGAACACUGAUGAGCUAGCUGACUCAAUUAAUGAAGCCUUAACUUUGCCAGAAGAAAAGAAAGUGGCUAAUUGGGAAAAAUUAUAUAAAUAUAUUUCCAAGUACACAUCUGAGUUUUGGGGGGAGAAUUUUGUUCAUGAAUUAAAUAACUUGAAUAAUAAAAUACAAAGCAAAUAA